UUCCUCCGCCUCUUAGCUCCUCGGUAGUGUCAGUUCAGCAGAGGUGCUUAGACUUUCAGUUAGCUUGCUAGGCAAGGCUGUCUCAUUCGUGGAAGCAAAUUACAUAGUGGGCUGGAUUGAACUUAUUUUCUUGCCGCCUUAUUUUGCUGGCUUGUCGCUCGGCGCGUCCGAUUAGCUGGAGACAGUUUUCGUCUAAAUGGCUGAUAAGGAGAACGGUGGUAGCAAAACAGACGGUGAAAAUGGUGCUGCUGCGACGGAGCAGGAGCUUCAGGCUGAGCAAGAGCAGGAGCAGCGCCGAGUGCGACUCCGGACUACUCUUAAAACCCAAGCAAAUGCGCUUUUGCGUAAAAAUGUCACGUUCCAGAAACGCAACUGGGGGACCAACCUAUGCCUGGUCUGCAUGCCGAUCCUCAUGUGCCUGCUGCUGAAGAUCCUCGAGAUCGCCAUCAAUAAGAUCCUCAGCGGCCCCGACUACCGCUGCGGCUGCAUCUGCACGGCCACGGGGUCCAACGACACAGGCGCGUGUCCCGACCCGAGUCAGCAGAUGUGCGGCCCGCAAUACUCCAACAACAAGCAGACCGCGUUCUGCGCCGUGCCUAACCCGUACAUGUACCCGGCUAUGGUCCAGGUGCCCACACAGUACUUCCGGGCAGUUAACUCGCCGCAAAAUAACUAUGCAGGCCUGCCCGACCCGUCCUGUCGCUCUGCGUCGGAACCCAACAAAUCAUGCCCGGCCAUCUUCCUAUACACGGGGCAGAACCAGACCCUAGCCAAUGCCAUGGGCACGUAUCUGACGAGCCCCUUCAACCUCACCGCGUGGCAGAAGAUGCCCGGAGUGAGCACGCCCGGCGCACCUGCAGCUGCUCCCCCUGCUGCCCCCCCUGCUGCUCCCCCUGGAAGUAGUGGCGGCAGUGGCAGUGGUGACGGCAGCAACCGGACCAUGUACAAUGGCACGAUGGGGCUCGCUCCGUACCUCUACAACUUCGCCUCGCUUGAGCUGGGCACCAACGCAUCCCUGACUCUGACGCUCAUCAUCGACCCUGCCUUCACGCCCGUCACGGACGACCCCAGCAAGCUCUACCUGCUGCAGCCUAACUGCUCCACGCCGGCCAUGCUGCAAAAACCAAUCAACUUCUCCUUUGGGGGGUUCACCAGUGGCAAGCCGCCCAUGCAGAUCUCCUGCGUGCCCUCGUCGCCUCUCUGGCGGCCGAACACGGCCUCUAUUGACACUGAAUUGUUCAACGGCUUCUACCAAGCACAGACUGCACUCUAUGGCGGGGAUGCCGCCAGCAACGAGUAUGCAGGAGCGUUUGACUUCAACACCACGUCGCGCACUCUCUUCAACACCACCGUCUAUUUCAACUCCUCCUUCCGAGGCACCAGCCAGGGGCCCAGGAGUGGAGUGCGCUUUCCCAAGGCCAUGAACAUGGCCACCAACGCGUAUAUCCAAGCGGUCUUCAAUGCAGCUGCGGAGCUCCCUCUGCUCUUCGUGAAGGACUUCCCCAAAGUCUCCACCCAGCUCAGCCUCGACUUCGCCUCCCUCAUCGGGCCGCUCUUCUUCAUGUGGAUCCUGCUGCUGCUCUUCCCGGUGUGUGUGGGCUAUCUGGUGUACGAGAAGGAGAAGAACCUGCGCAUGAUGAUGAAGAUGCACGGGCUGGGCGACAGCGCCUACUGGCUCAUCUCCUACGCCUACUUCUUCCUCCUCUCCUUCAUCUACAUCCUCUUCUUUGUCCUCUUCGGCUCCCUCGUCGGCCUCAAGUUCUUCCGCAUCAACAGCUACGCGCUGCAGUUCAUCUUCUACUUCGUCUUUGGCAACUGGCAGAUCAGCUUCGCCAUCCUCGUCGCCACCUUCUUCAAGUUCACCAAGACCGCCUCAGUGGUGGCGUACCUCUAUGUGUUCGGCGGUGGUCUCCUGGGGCAGUUUCUCUUUGGAUACUUCCUGGAAGAUCCCGACUUCCCAGCUGGAGGGCUGUUCGCCUUGCAGCUCAUCCCCCCCUUCGCCUGCUACCGCGGCCUCUAUGAGUUCUCCCAGUCGGCCUUCAUAGGCAGCUACCAAGCCACCAGCGGCUCGCUCACCUUCAGCAACGCUGGCUCGCUGGGCUUCUGGGGAGCUGUUGGCAUCAUGGCCGUCCAAUGGGUCAUUUUCCUGCUUCUGGGGCUGUACCUGGACCAGGUCGUGCCGUCUGGUGGGGGGUCCGGCAAGCAUCCUCUCUUCUUCCUGGACGGCCUCAGGGGCCGCCACAAGCAUGGCAACACGCUCUCCAGAGCCAGCCGCUCCCACCGGGCGUCGUCGAGAGCAGCGGGGCAGGUGGAGGCAGAGAAGGAGCGGGAAGACGUGAUGGCAGAGAGGGAAUUGGUGCAGCAACUCCUUCAGAGGGAUCAGCUGGACCAUGGGUACUCCAUAGUCUGCGAUAACAUGAAGAAGGUCUACCCCGGGAGGGACGGCAACCCGCCGAAGCUGGCGGUUCGGGCCAUGUCUCUGGCGCUGGCCCGGGGCGAGUGCUUCGGCAUGCUGGGGCCGAACGGGGCGGGCAAGACCACGUGCAUUCACAUGAUGAUCGGGCUCAUCAAACCGAGCUCUGGCACGGCUUUCAUUGAGGGGAAGGACAUUCUGGAGGAGAUGGAUGAUGUCUACACCAUCAUGGGCGUGUGCCCCCAGCACGAUCUUUUAUGGGAGCAGCUGACAGGCAGGGAGCACCUGUACUUCUACGGCCGCUUGAAGAACCUGCAUGGGCUGGAGCUGCAGCAGGCGGUGGUGGAGUCCCUCAAGAGCGUCAACCUGCACUCGGGGGGUGCGGCAGACAAGAAGGCCGGCCAGUACAGCGGGGGCAUGAAGCGGCGACUGUCGGUGGCCAUCUCCUUGAUUGGCAAGCCACCGGUGGUGUACAUGGACGAGCCCAGCACGGGCCUGGACCCAGCCUCGCGCUACAACCUGUGGGCCGUGGUGAAGGAGGCGAAGAAGGACUCGGCGAUUGUGCUCACGACUCACUCUAUGGAGGAGGCAGAGGCCCUCUGUGACCGCCUGGGAAUCUUCGUGGACGGCCAGUUUGAGUGCAUUGGGAACCCCCGCCAGCUGACCUCGCGGUACGGUGGCUCGUUUGUCUUCACCGUGACCACACCGUCCGAAGAGGAGGACGCGGCUGCUGACCUGGCUAAGGCGCUCUCGCCCAAUGCGAAGAAGGUGUACAGCCUGGCGGGCACACAAAAGUUUGAGCUGCCCACUGCUGAUGUGAACAUGGCGGAUGUGUUUGCCACAGUAGCGGAGGCUAAGUCGCGGAUAUCCAUACGAGCAUGGGGCAUCGCCAACACCACCCUGGAAGAUGUGUUCAUCAGCAUUGCCAAGGAGGCCCAAGGGGCCCAUGCUGCUCUGUCUUAAACCCUUGACAUGGGAUAACUAAUCGUUGCCUUGCCUUGAUCGACAUGAGCAUCAGGCAUCGCCAGCACCUCUCUGGAAUAUAUGUUUCUCAGCAUUGCAUGGGAGGCCCAAUGGGGCCAUGCUUCUCUCUCCUAGGAUGUAAUACCGGUACCACUAGAGGCAUUUAUGUAUGUUGUGCCAUGCUGCUCUCCUAGGAUGUAAUACCGGUACCACCAGAGGCAUUUAUGUAUGUUGUGUGGGGUGUUGGCAAGGGGGGAUGCUGCUCUGUCUAAAACGACUGAGGUUUUUGUAGUUUCUAACUUGUUUCUUUCCCAAUAUCAUGCUUUUCAGCUCGUAGCCCUUGUCCCCUCCUAGCCCCCUAGAAAUGGAAAUGGU